AUGUAUGACCAGUGUCAAGCACAGUGCAUCAGGUGGACAGAAAAUGAGGUACAAAGUUCAUCUCUAGUAGAAUUAGGUUCACCUGAUGAAGACGACAUUUUCCAAGAAGAGUUACUUGAAGGUGAGACUGUUUUGGACAGAGCUGUUGAAGGAUAUGAUAAUUUGGGGUUUGGUUCUGAUGAAGAAAACGAACAGGAUCUAACAAUGACAGAUGAAAUGACUGAUCAGGUUUAUCUAUCUGGGAAGGAAUCACAGUCUGGAGUUGACACUCAUGCGCAAUUGUCGAAUACUGUGGAAGAUGAAUCUGAUGUGGUCUAUUCGUUAACAGGAGGACUUGACAGAAACAACUCGGCAAACAACUCUGAACGAUUAUUAAUGGCCCCUUUGAGUGUCACCGGAGAAUUGGUAAAGCCAUCAUCAUUAAACACCUUACACAUUGUGAAAUUAAAAACCAAAGACUCGCCAGAAACCACUAUGUUGAAUGAGGGGGAUAAUUUUGAGUCUUCAACAUCAAUUUACCCUGUAAUACCGCCAUCUGAAGCAACAUUCGAUGUCCAAAGUGCUGAUGAAAUGCCUGAGCUUCAGAAAUCAUCCUUACCUAACAGCUCUGAUAAAGACAUGUUCAGUCAUAAAGAGACAAAACCUAAUCCAAACUUAUCUGAUACUAGCAAGGUGGAUACAGAUAUUGGAAAAGAAGUCUCAUCAAGAGAUUUUUGCAAGCUUUUGUCUGGUCAGGUUGUUUUGUCACCUGAUAAUAAAUUGGAUAUAAUAUCUAAGGAAGAGCCAUCUGAGACAAAUGAAGUUUUUCUGACAACAUCAUCGGAGCCGUGCCUGACUGACAAAGGACGCAUGUAUUCAACAGAAACAGAGGGGGGGUCCUCAGAAGGUGACAGAGACAGGCUCCAGAGUGAGAGUGAUGUUACAGAUGCAUCAGAGCUGAAGGAAGGGGCGAGAGGAUCGUCCUCUAGCACAGCCGCAGGUGCAAGUGGUAAAAAGAAACGCAAUCGUAGUGAAAGCAAAAAGCGACGUAAGAGAAAGCACAUUGAAAAGGCUGCUGCUAUGAGAGAAUCUAUAAGCACAAGUCAGACUCAAUCAGAGCCCAGCUCACCCCAGCAGUUGAAAAAGUCUGGUUCUGGAAAACGUUCCGGACGAAAAGCAAAAGGGGCAAUUUUGAUGACAAAUCUUUUAGUUCUAGAUAUGGGGUUGUCAGACCCUGGGCCUGACUUGUGUGGAGGAGAACCAGGUGCAGUUUUCUUACCGCUGAGCAAAAAAAGUAAGUCUGAAUCAGAAGAGAGCAUUUUUGAUGAUGCUGGUAGCGUAGCUGAUGAUGAAAGUGAGACUGACUUCAAAGCACAUCACGAAGCAUAUGAGAACACAUCAUUGGAGGAUCAAGCUUACUUAACACCAGAGGCUGUUUCCCCAGAAGAUGAAAUUCCAGAACCAAGCUUUGUAGCAGAUCGUGCUUCUGCUAAUGACACAAAUUCUACAUCCAAAAAGGAAGAAUGCGAUGUUGAACCAGACAGCACAAUAUGUGCUAUGUUUAAGCGUACGAUUGGGCUCCUAACAAGAAGACAAACACAGAUCGAAUCCAAUGCAGAAAUGUCAAAGCCCCAGCUAGAAUCUGAUCCACAAAACACAGUUAUGUCUACUGACAGGAAAUUCGCUCAUUCUGAAUCAGGAGCAGAAGGAAUUACUCAUCCACAGUGUAUUAAGGAGGACACUGGACCAAUAAUCCGUCUGAUUAAACCAGUCUCAGAUCGCAAAUCAGUGGCUGCCACGCAAAGUGUGGAUCAUCACGCACAUACCGGAGAAGUACCAUGUGAAAUGGAUAAUGUUGCAAAAAGUGACGUGAAUCGUAGUAUUCAGGAGCCAACAAUAUUUUCAUCACCACAUGAUAACCAAGAAUUGGAGAGUGGUUUGGUGUCUCCAAAACUCCACCGAGAUCACAGGCAAAGCUUUCUCUUUCACAACAGAUUCAUUCAGGAAGAUAUUCAGAAGAAAUCUGCUGGCCCACCGACCCGUCCUGAAGGAAAGAUACUUGGACGUCGAAGGCAUCGUAGUGCUGGGACUGGUGUUACUCGGACAUCUUUGUCUGAAAGCAGUGAUGGUCAGUCAAUUUCUCCCACUGUAUCAGAGGACAUAUUGAAUACUGAUCAACCAGGAGACAAUGCUGGCCCACAUUCUCUGUCUGAACGUACCACUACCAGAAAACUUAAGCUGAACACAAGAUUUGUUAAGGACAAUCUAUUUUUUGCAUCUGACAAAAAUAAAGCGAAAAAAGUAAAGGUAGAAACCAGUGCCUUACAGGGUGAGGUAGUUACAACCAGCAAACCACUUGAGAAAGGGAGCAGUGGAUCCUUGGGAAAGGUUCUAAGAGCAAGCUUCAAAAAACUGCGGAGGUCAAAACCAAAGAGUGCAGUAUCAACUCAAGACUUGAGCAUGGAUCAGACAGUUACAGAAGUACAGAGCCAAAUAGGGUCUCUGAUAAGUAGUUUUGGAAACAGCACACCAUGUCUUAUGACUGAGUGUUAUGCUCCUUCUUACACAGGUGCGGAAAGUAAUGCAGGUGUGAAGAUAGAUCCCAUUGAAGAGGACCAAGAUGUGGUUCAGUCUCGCAUCCAUUUAACGUCAUGGGACCCGACUCCACUCUUAAAGGAAUUGUAUGCAGUAAGACUUUUAGAUGAGACCACAGAGGAUUUGUCUCAUCGCUUCAUAAGCAUGGAAGGUGUCAUGGAAAAGCUACCAAUGGGGAAGCGAAAAUCAACUUUGCUGAAAACCUGGAAGAGGCGCUAUUUCAAAGCUGCUGAUGGCUGGCUACAUUAUUAUGAGCACAACAACUAUGAAAAGCCUUGUCACAGUUUUCAACUCAUGGGAGGAUCCAUAGAAGUUUUAGAUUCCCGAAUUUUGGGGAUUGAUGAUGGGCGUGGUCACUACUUAAUGGUGAGGUGUCCUACACCUAAUGACUUUGAAAAUUGGAGAGUGUCACUGGAGUCACAGACAACUGAUAAUGUGAAAGCUGUCCACGUUCGUCCAGUUCUUAAUAGUCAACCUCACCCAUCUAAGAAAGUAGUAAUCAUUGAUAUUGGAAGUGCAUCAGUUAGAGCUGGCAUUCUAGGAAAAGAAGCGAGCCUUCCACAGGUGUUCUUCCCAACAGUUGUAGCUAAGAAAACAUCCAGCGGGGAGUGUGUGGUUGGAUUUGAUGCUUAUCGCCCAGACAUAAGGAACCAGUCUACUCUGCACUACCCAAUAAGGCCAUCUGUCAAAGUUGACAAGUUUAACAUCGACAUGAGUCUACUGCCAUAUGUGUUUGAUAAGAUAUUCUCUGACUUGAAAGUAGACAGCAAGUGCUACUGGGUAUUGUUGAGCACUCCACAAAUGUUAGCAGACAAACUGAAAACAGAGAUUAUGGAUGUCUUGACCCGGCGUUGUGGUGUUCAGGGUGUGUGUAUCGCCCCUCAGGCUCUCCUGGCCAUGUAUUCUUACAAGGCCACCUCCGGGAUAAUUGUGGAUGUAGGAGAGAGAAUUGACAUACUUCCUAUCUCUGAUGGGUACAUUGUAGAAGGUGGUGUCACCAGACAUCCAUUUGGAGGAGAAAAGGUGGCAGACUCACUCAAGCAGUCACUAACAAGACUACACUACCAUUUCUUCAGUGAAGUAGAGAGACUUAUAAUCCGACAUGUCAUGGAAAAGACAUGUUAUAUCCCCCAUGUCUUCAGUGAAGAAAUGAAGCAGUUUCAAGAGAACCCAGGAAGCUUUUCUAAAACAGUUUCUCUGAAGAACUUUGGUUUGCCCGAAGGAACAUAUUCGGAGGUAACCCAUGAUGAGGGCUGCUUCAGAAGUGCUGAAGGCUUUUUCGACACAAACAUAUGGGGGACGGACUUUCCGAGUCUUCACAAACUGGUACACAAGGCUAUCAUAGAGUGCCCAAUGGACAACCGUAGGGAAAUGUGUCGUUCCAUCUUCCUCUCUGGUGGAGUUACAUUGUUACCGGGUUUCGCGGAGCGCCUGGAGCGGGAAAUAACCAAACUUGUUCCUCCUGGGCUUACCAUUCAGGUUCAUGCCUCUCCUCAGCGGUACCACUCAGCCUUCAUCGGUGGAUGUACACUUGCUGCCCAGGAUUUAUUCCAGCAGACCUGCAUUUCGAGAGAAGACUGGAUCAAGAACGGAGUAAAAGAAUUGAAGAAAUGGCACAUCCCUUCUUAAUUAUGGGCUGAUCCUGAAUGAGGAAUUCAGUUUCUCUCAGCACUGUGUUUUAUGGACUUUACUGGACAGAUUCAUUAUGUGGUGAGGAAUGUUUCAAAAAAGGCCUUCUGGUGACUUACCUUAAAAAUGAAGUGCCUUCAUAUUGUUUGGUUAUUACCAUACUAGAAAAUCAUCUUGCUUGAUGUCUUAAGAGAGGAUUCUGGUUGCACUGUCCAGCACUUCAACAUCCAUUGCAACAUGGUAUUCGUAAUUAAGUUGAUGUCGGAUUGCAUGUAGCUAACAGGUGACAUGUUGACUGGAUGUAUUUUAUUAUGUCAUGGCCAGAAUGAUUUCUUGUCAAAGGUUUUCUCUUUGCUGUGCUGAAAAGCCUACCAAAUAAAGCAUGUAAAUAAUAGGGCGUUUGAAAGAGUUAGUUGCCGUAUAUAUAAUGCAUAUAAUGGUGCAGAGUGUAAAGUGAAAAGAUGUCUUAAGUAGUUCGAAAAGAUCUUUUUUGUUUAUGACUUGUAUAUGCAUGAUUGUCAAGGAUUUGCUACAAUCUGUAAUGCACUUUGAAUCACUUUUUGACCAAAGGAUUGCCAGUUACUUGCCAUGAUGCCUGUGGUUUUAAACACCCGGAGAAACUGGCUUCCCUGUUUGUCAGCUGAAAUUACAUGUUGUUGCCAAUCAGUUACAAGUCAAUCAAAUCAGUGAUGAUACACUUCAUAAGCAUAUGCAUAUUUAUGUACCUGUUAGUUUUUACUCGUUCAACAUUUUUCUAUGUCUGAGAUAUACAUACAUACUUUUAGUUGGUCCUUUGUUUUGUUUUUAUGUGAAAGCAUGGCAGGUCGUAUGAUUUCUUUUUUAUGUUUGUUUCAAUGUUGCACUGACUCCGGUUGUGUUUGGCGGAUCUUUCCCCAAACCUUGUGAAACGCAAAGAGGAACAUGGAUGCCAGGACAUAUUUUUUAUGACACUAUUUAUCUUAUACAUUCAUAUAUAUACAUACAUAUUUGCAAAUGAAGUCCUUUUGGUUUUAAUGUAACAUUCCGCACCUGCCUUUGCAAAAAAGUACUCCGUUGUUUUCAGCGGUAUAAUUUCUUAUUGCUUGUAUUUAACUGUUCAAUUUGCUGCUAAUUAAAUGAAUAAAACAUC